AUGGCAAUCGACGCCAACGAGGGUUGGCAAUCGACGCCGACGAGGGAUGUCGAGGAUGAGGGGGUAGGUGGGGGAUGCGACGAUGAGUUCGGCCAGAUUCGGAGAGAAGGGUCAGCGAAGUCGGGUGGGGAAAUUGGGGAUGUGGAGGACGGAGGUGGUGGCCUGGUGAGAGGCUGGAGAUGGAGAGGGAGAGAGGGCCGAUGCGGGGUGAGAGAGGUAGUUGAGAGGUUUGUCGGUUGCAGCGGUGCACCGAGUUUGAUCUCGGUUAGAAACCGGCAACCGACGGUUAGCCAAAAGCCCAGAAUUAGCACACCGACGCCGACGCCGAGGCAAAUAUCUCGGUUUUUGGUUAGGUAG